AUGUCUUUAAAAGACAACCUGCUACGGUUGCUGUUCACUGUAAAUGACACUGGCUUCAUUUUGAUGAGUGCAGCGGUUUUCCUCGUGGACGCUGUUAUAACCUUCUUCAUCAUUCAAAAGGUCCCAUACACUGAAAUUGACUGGUCAACUUAUAUGCAACAAGUGGAGUGUUAUACGGUAAAGCAGAUUCGAAACUACUCUGAAAUCGGAGGCGACACCGGUCCAGUCGUGUAUCCGGCGGGACAUUUAUGGACAUACGGUGUCCUUCACGCUUUAACAAGUGGUGGCAAAGAUAUUCGCACAGCACAGUAUAUAUUCAUGUGCCUUUACCUCUUGAAUUUGUUGGCUGUUCUUCGUUUGUACUACAAGUCAAAUAAGGUAUUUAUUGGACUUCCGUUCCUCAUUCAUGAUCCGGUCUCUUAUAUCCGGCGCUCCUUUGAUCUUGGUCGAGUCUUCUGUUCAAUGAUGACCGUUGAACUGGCGCCUUUCUGCCUGAAGAGUUUUCAUUUUGUCAUUUUACAUCUGCAAAUUGGGGCUAGACGUUUGAAGCAGCGAUCGACGGCGAAACAUAAUAGCGAUUUUUCAGAUCUUUUUAUCUCCCCGACUUCACUUGACCCUACUAUCAUUUCAUCUAGUGGUUUUGUUAUUGUUUGGGUAUCAUAUGUGGUUCAGAUCUUACGGAGGUGUGCGGACCUCGCUCAUCGGGGUGUAUCAUGGCAUCAGAACAAAAUUAGGAAAACACUGUUCGCGUUAUUCUCUGCCAACUUGAUUGGUAUUACGUUUGCUCGCUCCCUACACUACCAGUUCUAUAGCUGGUACUACCAUCAGCUGCCCUUUUUGUUAUUUUGGAAUUCCCAUAGAGCACAAGAUGACAAGCAACCUCUCGUCGUUCCAUGGAUAUCUAUUAUUAUCAAGUGA